ACCCGCUUGCCAUCGCUCGCUAGAGAUCUACAUGUCUUCUCUCUCCCAUAGCGUGCAUUUCAUCUGAAUCUCAUACCACGUUUGAUCUCUUCCAGUUUGCUUUGAAAUGCUUCCAUCCGCAUUCCACCAUUGACAAACUCAAACUUCCCAAGCUUCUCACAUGGCUUUCAUGGCUGUACUCGAAUCUGAUCUUCGCGCGCUGUCCGUUGAAGCUCGCCGCCGUCACCCGGCUGUCAAAGAUGGAGCCGAGCACGCUAUUUUAAAGCUUCGAUCAAUGUCAAGUCCCCGUGACAUAGCAGAAAAUGAAGAUAUAUUACGAAUUUUUUUGUUGGCAUGCGGAGCCAAAACUAUAAAGUUGAGUGUCAUUGGACUUUCGUCUCUACAAAAGCUUAUAUCUCAUGAUGCAGUCAGUCCUUCUGCCUUGACAGAAAUACUCUUUACCCUGAAAGAUCACGCUGAAAUAUCAGAUGAGACUGUGCAGUUAAAAACACUUCAAACUAUACUAAUAAUUUUUCAAUCCCGCUUACAUCCUAAAAGUGAGGAAAAUAUGGCUCAAGCUCUUGGCAUCUGUAUUCGGCUUUUAGAAAAUAACAGAUCUUCUGACAGCGUGCGAAAUACUGCAGCGGCUACCUUUAGGCAAGCAGUAGCUUUGAUUUUUGAUCAUGUAAUUUUUGCUGAAUCGCUUCCAGCGGGAAAGUUUGGUACUGGAAGUCAAACAUCUCGAACCAGUUUGGUUAUUGGCGAUGAUGAUCAAAACAUCACUAACUCAAAGACACGGAAAAAUGAGUCUCUUUCUGGAGGGCCAUUGUUGAAGCGAGAGAACUUGACUAAAGCUGGGAGGCUUGGGCUUCAAUUGCUUGAAGAUCUGACAGCUCUUGCCGCAGGUGGAUCUGCAACUUGGUUACGCCCUAUUUCUUUCCAGCGCACCUUUGCUCUUGAUAUACUAGAGUUCAUAUUGUCAAAUUAUGUUGCGGUUUUCAGGAUAUUAGUUCCAUAUGAGCAGGUUCUACGCCAUCAGAUAUGUUCCCUUCUCAUGACAUCACUUCGUACAAAUGCUGAGCUUGAAGGAGAAGCAGGAGAGCCUUAUUUCCGACGCAUAGUCUUGCGGUCAGUUGCUCAUAUUAUCAGACUAUAUAGUACAUCCCUCAUCACUGAAUGUGAGGUUUUCCUCAGUAUGUUAUUGAAGGUUACUUUUCUUGAUCUACCAUUGUGGCAUAGGAUUCUUGUUCUUGAAAAUUUAAGGGGUUUUUGCAUGGAGGCUAGAACAUUGCAGGUUCUUUUCCAGAACUUUGAUAUGCAUCCAAAGAACACAAAUGUUGUUGAAGGCAUCGUUAAAUGCCUUUCUAGAGUUGUCUCCAGCGUACAGGUCAAUGAGGCGAGUGAAGAAAGCCUAGCAGCUGUCGCAGGAAUGUUUAGUAGCAAGGCCAAAGGGAUAGAGUGGAGUCUCGAUGGUGAUGCAUCAAAUGCCACAGUGUUGGUUGCUAGUGAAGCGCAUACAAUAACCUUGGCCGUGGAGGGUCUUUUAGGUGUUGUAUUUACUGUGGCUACUUUAACUGAUGAAGCAGUUGACCUCGGAGAGCUUGAAUCUCCUAGGUCUGAUUAUGAUCCACCAGAAAAGUGUAACGGAAGAACAGCAAGUGUCUGCAUUUCAAUGGUUGAUUCUUUGUGGUUGACAAUACUUGAUGCAUUGUCUCUUAUUCUUACUAGAUCACAGGGAGAGGCUAUAGUCUUGGAAAUCCUGAAAGGAUAUCAAGCUUUCACACAAGCAUGUGGAGUUCUCCAUGCUGUCGAACCAUUAAACUCAUUUCUUGCCUCCCUUUGCAAAUUUACAAUCAAUUUUCCAAGUGAAGCUGAAAAGAAGAGCAUCUUACAUUCUCCCAACUCAAAACGAUUGGAGCCAUUUGCUGAUCAAAGGGAUACCGUUGUCCUUACCCCCAAGAACGUGCAGGCCUUGAGGACUCUCUUCAAUAUUGCCCACCGAUUGCACAAUGUGUUGGGUCCAUCUUGGGUGUUGGUCUUGGAUACUUUUGCCGCUUUAGACCGAGCGAUUCAUUCGCCACAUGCCAUGACACAGGAGGUAUCGACAUCUGUCCCAAAGCUUACAAGGGAAUCGUCUGGGCAAUACAGUGACUUUCACAUUCUUUCUUCUUUAAAUUCUCAGCUAUUUGAGAGCUCAGCAUUGAUGCACAUAUCUGCAGUGAAUUCACUUCUUUCAGCAUUAUGUCAGCUUUCUCAUCAAUAUCUAACCAGUGCUUCAAGUAAUUUUGGCUUAGCUUCUAGUCAGAAAAUUGGUAGCAUCAAUUUUUCUGUGGAAAGGAUUAUAUGCAUCCUUGUCAAUAAUCUUCACAGGGUUGAACCACUAUGGAACCAAGUUGUUGGCCAUUUUGUUGAGCUCGCCAACAACUCCAAUCAGCACGUACGCAAUAUAGCACUUGAUGCAUUGGACCAAUCAAUCUGCUCAGUGUUAGGUUCCGAACCCUUACUAGAUUUCACCUCACCUAAUCAUCAUACCUCUAUGAAGAUUGAAGACAAGCUCGAAAAGCUUAGGUCACUGGAAUGUUCUGUUAUAUCUCCUCUACAGUCUCUAUAUUCUUCUUCCCAAAGCAUUGAUGUUUGCUCUGGUUCUUUGAAGAUUCUUCUACACGUUUUAGAGAGACAUGGAGAAAAAUUACACUACAGCUGGCCAAAUAUUCUAGAGCUGUUAAGGUCUGUUGCAGAUGCUUCCGAGAAAGACCUUGUUGCACUUGGCUUCCAGAGUCUGCGUGUGAUCUUGAACGAUGGACUUUCCACCAUACCACAAGAAUGCCUCCACGUAUGUGUAGAUGUGACUGGAGCAUACAGUGCUCAAAAAACAGAGUUAAAUAUAAGCUUAACAGCAAUAGGGCUUUUGUGGACUAUAACUGAUUUUAUUGCGAAGAGGCUUUCACAUGACCAUGUAGGUGAGAAGGAAGCAGGUAACCUCCCUGCAGAUGUGCCUUCUCUCACAAAACAAGUCAAUGAUGCAAAUACUGAUGAACAAAUUAUUGAAGUUUCCAGUCACACUGAUGCUUCUCCAUUCACAAACAUGGUCGAUAGCAACAAGUUGUUGUUUACGGUUUUGUCAUUGCUUCAUAGGCUUGGGGCUGAUGAUAGGCCAGAGGUCCGGAAUUCAGCUAUCAGGACACUCUUCCAGAGUCUUGGAAGUCAUGGUCAAAAGCUUUCAGAAAGCAUUUGGGAGACUUGUCUUUGGGAUUACGUUUUUCCUAUCUUAGAUCAUGCUUCCCACAUGGCUGCAACUUCAUCUAAAGAUGAACGACAAGGGAAAGAACUUGGAACUCAUGGAGGAAAGGCGGUCCAUAUGCUCAUACAUCACUCUCGUAAUACUGCUCAGAAACAGUGGGAUGAAACUGUAGUUCUUGUUCUUUCUGGAAUAGCGCGUAUAUUACGUUCUUUUUUCCCAUUCCUAAGAAACCUGAGAAAUUUUUGGUCUGGAUGGGAAUCUUUGCUUCUUUUUGUGAAGAAUAGUAUUCUAAAUGGUAGUAAAGAGGUAGCUCUUGCAGCAAUAAAUUGUCUACAGACGACAGUUGUUUCCCACUCUCCCAAGCAGGGCAACUUGCCAAUGACUUACCUUGUUUCGGUACUUAAUGUCUAUGAGCUUGUUCUUCAGAAAUCACCACAUUACAGUGGUAAUGCUGCUAGCAAAGUGAAGCAGGAAAUUUUGCAUGGUCUUGGAGAACUAUACGUGCAAGCACAAAUGAUGUUUGACAGUGACAUGUACACACAAUUGCUAUCGGUUGUUGAUUUGGCUAUUAAGCAAGCAAUAAUAACUAAUGAGAACUUCGAAGCUGAAUUUGGACAUGUGCCCCCUGAGCUACGAACUAUUCUGGAAAUAUUACCACUUUUACGGCCUACUGAUUCCAUCUCUACAAUGUGGCUGAUUCUGCUGCGUGAAUUUUUGCAAUAUCUUCCAAGAUCAGAUUCUCCCUCAAUACAUGAACAUGAUACAGAUCAAACGAGCACUAGUUACCUUAUUCCAGCAAACCAAGUAAGGUUAAAAAAUGAAAGGCAUACUAGAGCUGCUUCUGCAUUCUCAAACAAUGAAGCUUCCCAGUCUGUGACUCCAGGAUCAGCAGUCCUACCCAUUGGCAUUCCGAACGUCCUAUUUGCAGAAAAGCUUGUUCCUGCUUUGGUUGAGCUUUUUCUUCAUGCACCAAUGGUUGAAAAAUGUAUUAUAUGUCCGGAAAUUAUCCAGAGUCUUGGAAGGUGUAUGACAACAAGAAGAGAGAAUCCAGAUGGUACGCUUUGGAGAUUAGCAGUCGAAGGUUUUAACCAGAUACUGCUUGAUGAUGUGCAACACUUGGCUAUGAAUGUUCUAACAGAGCCGUGUACUAGUAAACCAGCAAGAACUCGAAUAUGGAAGGAAGUUGCAGAUGUUUAUGAAAUUUUCCUUGUGGGAUACUGUGGGCGAGCUCUAUCCAGUUCACUCCCAUCUGGGUCACUGAAAGCUAAUGAGAGGCUUGAGAUGACUCUCUUAAACAUUCUGGGUGACGAUAUACUUAAAUCACCACUUGAUGCACCUCAUGAUGUUCUCGAAAGACUAGUUUCCACGUUGGACCGCUGUGCAUCACGAACUUGCUCAGUGCCCGUUGAGACUGUAGAGCUGAUGCCUACCCACUGCAGCAGAUUUUCCUUAACCUGUUUGCAGAAGUUGUUCUCUUUGAGCAGCUAUUACAAUGAAGAUGAUAAAUGGAGCUCGACCAGAUUGGAAGUCAGUAAAAUUUCAAUCUUGUUACUUAUGACGAGAUGCCAAUGCAUCUUGAACAGGUUCCUGAUUGACGAGAAUGGUAUAGGUGAUCGUCCAUUGCCUACAGCAAGGCUUCAUGAAAUUAUUUAUGUUCUUCAAGAACUAGCCCGUCUCAAAAUUCAUUACAAUACUGCCUCAGUUCUUCCUUUGCCUUCACACUUAAAUAUUGACUUUAAAGAGGAGAAUCACGAUAGACGUCCUCACCUACUAAUUUUGUUUCCUUCCUUCUGUGAACUUGUCGUCUCAAGAGAACCUAGGGUCAGAAAAUUAGUCCAAGUACUGCUUAGACUUGUCGCCACAGAAUUGACUCUCGAUAAGGUAAACUUAGGCAAUUGAUGCCAAAAGAUUAGUUUUGUUAAUCGUACUAUUCUUAUAGAGCAGCUUGUUAUGGAGAUGGAGAGUUGUUGUCUAAAAUGUUAUAUAUGAAUCAACAUCUAGCUCAAACUUCCUGCCUUUAUCAAAUGUGUCAUGUUUCUGUUUCUUUCUGAUCAUUUUUUUUACUACUUUGAUUGAUGCUAUUUUUGUAAGAUUAUCUAGAAAAUUCAAUCUAAUAUUUCUCUUUAGGCUA